AUGGUUUGGCUUCUCGACGAUGUCUACGACACGAAACACCGGGCCUACAUGAUGCGCGAGAAGGAGAUGAAGCUUGAACCUUUGAAGAUUCGGUAUCACGGGGUCUCUGGUCCUGCCAUGCCUUACGAUGAGCGGUACACACCGUACAUCAAGCAGGCAGGACUACUCCUGUGGAUUCAGUUGGUCAGCCGGUCCACGCCGAAUCUGAACGCUCCACUGGUGUCCGCUCUUGCUAAUCGGUGGAGGCCGGAGACGCAUAGUUUCCAUCUUCGGACUGGGGAGAUGACCGUGACGCUCGAGGAUGUCUCGUUGAUCACCGGUCUUGCUAUCGACGGGAUGCCUCUCUGUAUGAGCACCGAUUCUGAUGGGUGGCGCGAGCAGAUGAUUGCUCUUAUCGGUAUGGCUCCUACUGAGGCUGAGGCUGAUGUAGAGGAGGGAGAAGAGAAGAAGAAGAGGGAAAGGAAAGCAGCCGGAGCUGCUUUCACGUGGAUUCAAACUCACUUUGCGACGUGCCCUCUGGAUGCCACUGAUGAUGUGAUCCAGACACAUGCUCGUGUCUACAUGUGGUAUGUUGUGUCGAGGACUUUUUUUCCUGACUCCACUGGCAAGAACGCUCCAUGGAUGUGGCUGAAGGCGUUGACCGUCUUCGAUAGCAAAUGGAGCUGGGGUUCAGCGACUCUUGCCUACUUGUACCGACAGCUGGACGAUGCGUGUUGCAGGAUCACAGAUAGUGCAGGCAUUGGUGGUAAUAUGCUUCUACUUUCUGUAUGGAGCUGGGAGCGUCUGCCUGUUGGACGCCCGAAGAGCGUCAGGUUUAAUCCUUGGUAUGAAGAUGAACAUGACGAAUUACGGCGCCCCACUUGGGCUUACAAGUGGGAUGUGGUUUCCGAGAUGACGAACGAUGUCAAUCUCAUGUACCAGAAGUACGUUGCCGAGUUGGACACGAUUACGCCUGAGCAGGUGGAAUGGCAGCCAUAUGGCGCAGAUGACAGACUUGGGUACACCCUGGAGUUUAGCAUCAACCCGAUGUGCUUGCGGGAUAGGGAUCUCUGGCUUAUGCGGUGCCCACUAAUAUGCAACUGGGCUGUUGAGUUUCAUUUGCCACAUCGCGUGUUUCGUCAGUUUGGUCUGUUCCAGCCUCACCCGCCGGAAUGGGUGGAUACGGACAAAGCACUUCAUAGGUAA